GCGAAGAGAGAGCCCGAGGAUCCGGGCACGCCCGAAGAGAGGACGGUCACGAUCUGCGGCCUGCCGCCGCCGUGGGUUGUACCACAGGCGGAGUCCGCGCUGAACGCCAGGAUAGCCGACCUCGUCAAGGGGGCUGGCGAGCUGGAGGUGCCGUGCACUCUGUCCAAGACAUUGGAGGGCGGCUUCUGUGUGGUAGCCAGACUCAAGGAUCGGCGGGCUGCUCAAGAUGUAGUCGACGGUCUCGACGGCAGGGACAAUCGGAUGCUGCCCCGCAGCGCCAAGUGGCAGCCAGACUACCGGCCGCCCACGGACGCCGAGAGGUUCAGCGUCACGAUUGGGGACAAGAGCGCCCCGGUAGCGGACGUUCCGGAGGUCGUGGCCGAGCCCGAACCAGAGGCGGUCAGCGAAGGUGCCGUCGAGUUGAGUGGCCUGCCCGCAGACUGGCAGGAGCCCGAGGUCCGCGAGCUGUGCGCCCACUACGGGGCGCUCCGGGAGGUGCGGGCGCACGGGGCACCGGGCGCCUUCGCCGUCGCCUUCGCCACCGCCGAGGCUGCGGCGCGGGCGUCGUCGGCGCUGGACGGCCUGCAGGUGCCGGGGGACGACGGCGGCCUCUGCGACGUCUGCUGUGCGCGGCCAGCCGCCCAGGCGGCGCCCCGCGAGGAGCCGCCGCUGCAGCUCUUCAUGGACGAGCUCCACUCUGCCACUGGCGAGCCCAGCGCGGCGGACCGGGAGGUCUACCUGCGCUCCGUGCCAGUGGAGGACGUCACGGAGGACGAGCUGCAAGAGUGGGCGCAGGGCUUCGGCGAGUUAGAGGGCACUCACUUUCUUCGCGACUUUGCUGGCGAGAGGCUCGCAGGAUACGCCUACCUCCGCUUCACGAAGCACGAGGACGCCGCCGCCAUGAUCACCGCAUACCCCGCCGCCGCCACGGGCGAGGAGGCCACCGGCGACGUCGAGGCAAGGUGGUCUCUGUCGGAGCGGCUGCAGCAGGGGUCCACGGGCGUGCUGGGCGCCGACGCGCUCGGCCUCCUCGCUGGCCGCCUGGAGGACCUCCGCCUCGCCACGGGCUGCCCAUCGCUGUCCAUCACCGGCGACGGCUCCCAGGGCCGCGAGGGGCUGGGGCUGCUGGGCCACCGCGGGGGCGCGCUGCGCUUCGCCUGGCUGCGGGAGGACUGCGCCGGGCCUGGCCGGCUGGUGGAGCACCUGGCGGGGGCGAUCUCCGCUGUGCUCAGGGGUGCCGAUGCGCUCGGCGCCCUCAUCGCGGACGCCGCUAUCGAGGCCGGGCCAGAGGCCGCAGAGCUCGACGGUGGUGGCGUCGAGGAGAAGAAAGACAAGAACAAGAAAAAGGAGAAGAAGAAGUCCAAUGUUGACGUCGUGGCCGACGCCAGGCGCAGGAAGAAGAGGAGGGGAGCAGACGAGGACCAUGAGAACGACGCCCCUCAGCUGCUGGGGCCCGGCGUGCUGGUGCGGGGCUUCCCGCCGAGCUGGACCGAGAAGCAGAUCCGGUUGAUCUUCGCGGUUCUCGGCGGCGUGGACACGGUCACUUUCACCAGUAGAGAGGACUCGACGCACGCCCUCGUGAAGCUCAAGCCCGGCAGAGAGGAGGACGCCCAGACACAGGCGCAGAAGGCAGCGGAGAAGCUGCACAACAACGUGGUUGGCGAUGGCGUGCUCGUAGAGGAGUGCCGCAUCAUGUGCGAUUUCGUCGACGCGAACGGAGGAGUCGUGGCGAGUCCGCUCCCAGACCCAGUCGACGGCCACGUCGGCAAGCAGGAGGCAGAGGCAGAUGAGGCAGAGGACGGCGCCGCAGGCCCAGCCCGGCGCCGUAAGCAUCGCAGGCGCGCGGGAGAGCCCAGGCAGCCCGCGGGCGGCGUGGCUGAAGCCGACGACGGCGGUGGCGGCGCCACAUCCUCGAGGCUGCAGCGAAGGCAGCGGGGUGCGGAGGGCGACCUGCGGGGCGACAUCGAGAGAGGGACGGCGCUGAUCCGCGAGGGCAGGGCGAUGGCGGUCGAGGGGCUGCGGGUGGAGGCGUACGAGAAGUACGUGAGCGGCCUGCAGAUGUUGAUGGGCAUCAGGGAUCAAAACCAUGGGGUUCCUGAUCUCCAGAACCGCAUCAAUCGUUACGUGGAAGAGGCCGAGAGGCUGCAGAAGGCCAUGGAGGAACGGCUGCCCGAUGCCUCGGCGUCUGCGGCCAGCUCGCCGCGGCCACAGGCCCGUAAGCGGGCCGUGCUGGCGCCGCCGCCGCCGCCUGCUCCGCCAGCUGCGCGGCGGCGCUGCGCGGCCGCCAGCCGCAGCAGGAGCGCAAGGCGAGAGCGGCGAGGCGGCGCCGCUCCCGGACGGCCCGGCCGCUUCGCCUCCAGGGCGCAGUUGCGGCCAGUGGCGCGGUGA